AUGUUCGCCGCUUGUCAACUGCAGGAGAAGUGUCAGGAGAUGUUGGCCCACCUCUACUAUACGAUUGCGGAUCUGAGGAAAACCUUCGACACGGUGAGUUUCGAAGGACUGUGGAAAGUCCUGCAGAAGUUCGGCUGUCCCAAACGAUUCACUCAGCUGAUGCGUUAGCUCUACGAUGGCAUGAUGACGCGAGUCACGGACAGUGGACAUGUCUCAGAAGCAUUCGCAGUGACCACCAGAGUGAAGCAGGGCUGCGUCCUCGCGUCUACCCUCUUCACUCUCAUGUUCUCUGUCAUGCUGAUGAACGUCCACCGUGACGAACGCCCCGGAAUCCGCAUCGCCUACAGGACGGACGGCCGCCUCGUCAAUCAGUGGCAGACGUACUUCCAGUCGCGUGUAUCCGCAGCCUCCUUUCAUGAACUUCUCUUCGUCGUCGACUGCGCCCUCAACGCCACCUCGGAAGGGGAAAUGCAAAGGAGCAUGGACAUCUUCGCCGUCGCCUGCGACAACUUCGACCUGGUUAUCAACACGGAGAAGACGGCGUUUCUGCAUCAGUCGUCACCCGACGCUACCUACGUCCCACCCCAAAUCAACGUGAACGAUGCCCAACUGAAAGCCGUGGACAAUUUCGCCUAUCUGAGUAGCACCCUUUCCCUCACCAUCAAAAUCGAUUAUCAAGUGGCCUGCGGUAUUUUUAUAUCAAGCCAUGCCUUCGACCGCCUGCAGAGCAUAGCCUAG